AUGAGCUUCCUCAGCAGGCUGUUCGCGGUGGGCUCGCCGGCCUACCGCAACGCCCUCGUGCACCGCAGGCUCACCACGUCGCGCCUUCUCCGGUCAAAGGUGCAGGGCGACGUCGUCGGUAUCGACCUGGGUACGACAAACAGCUGUGUCGCGGUGAUGGAGGGCUCGCACCCUAAGGUCAUCGAGAACUCCGAGGGAAUGAGGACCACGCCCUCGGUGGUGGCCUUCACCGACGACGGGCAGCGCCUUGUGGGCGUCGUCGCCAAGCGCCAGGCCGUCACCAACCCGGAGAACACCGUGUUUGCGACCAAGCGGUUCAUCGGACGUAGAUUCGACGACGAUGUCACCAAGAAGGAGCAGAAGACCCUCCCCUACAAGAUCGUACGCGCGUCGAACGGCGAUGCGUGGAUCGAAGCCCAGGGCAAGCAGUACUCGCCCAGCCAAAUCGGCGCCUGCAUCCUGUCGAAGAUGAAGGAAACGGCCGAGGCGCACCUGGGCAGGAAGGUCGGCAAGGCCGUCAUCACCGUCCCCGCGUACUUCAACGACUCGCAGAGGCAGGCGACGAAGGACGCUGGUAAAAUCGCCGGCCUGGACGUGCUUAGGAUCAUCAACGAGCCCACCGCUGCCGCUUUGGCGUUCGGCCUCGAGAAGAACGACGGAAAGACCAUCGCCGUGUACGACCUUGGUGGCGGUACCUUCGACAUAUCGAUCCUCGAGAUUCUCGGCGGGGUGUUCGAGGUGAAGGCCACGAACGGCAACACCUCACUGGGUGGCGAGGACUUCGACCAGCGCAUCCUGCAGUAUCUCAUCGCCGAGUUCAAGAAGCAGCAGGGCAUCGACCUGACGAACGACAAGUUGGCACUCCAGCGUCUCCGUGAGGCGGCGGAGUCCGCGAAGGUCGAGCUGUCUAGUAAGACUCAGACGGAAAUAAACCUUCCGUUCAUCACUGCAGACAUGACUGGUCCCAAACACAUGCAGUUCAAACUGACCCGCGCCAAGCUUGAGGAAAUUUGUGACGACCUCCUCAAGGGCACCAUAGAGCCGUGUGAGAAGUGCCUGAAGGACGCUGGCAUCGGCGCCAAGGACCUCAACGACAUAAUCCUCGUGGGAGGCAUGACCCGUAUGCCGCGCGUGAGCGACAUCGUGCAGCGCAUAUUCGGGAAGGAGGCGUCUAAGUCGGUCAACCCGGACGAGGCGGUCGCCAUGGGUGCCGCCAUACAGGCUGGUGUGCUAAAGGGCGAGAUUAAGGAUCUGCUACUGCUCGACGUGUGCCCGCUAUCGCUCGGUAUCGAGACGCUAGGCGGCGUGUUCACCAGACUCAUCAACCGCAACACCACCAUCCCCACCAAGAAGAGCCAGGUGUUCUCCACUGCGGCUGACAACCAGACUCAGGUGGGCAUCAAGGUCUACCAGGGUGAGCGUGGCAUGGCUGCGGACAACCAGAUGCUGGGCCAAUUCGAACUUGUGGGCAUCCCUCCGGCUCCCCGCGGCGUGCCUCAGAUCGAGGUCACCUUCGACGUGGACGCUAACGGCAUCAUGAACAUCAGCGCCGUGGACAAGUCCACUGGUCGCAAGCAGGAGAUAACGAUCCAGAGCAGCGGCGGGCUCAGCGACGAGCAGGUUGAGCGGAUGGUGAAGGACGCUGAGGCGUUCAAGCAGUCCGACGAGCAGCGCAAGCAGCUGGUCGACGCGCGCAACGAGGCAGAGACGCUCUCGUACUCCGUGGAGAAGCAGCUGUCUGACUUCAAGGACAAGAUUUCUGAGGAGGACAAGAAGUCGCUGGAGGAACAACUCAGCGAGCUGCGCCAGCAGAUGACCAGUGAGGACCUGGAGCGCCUGAAGGACUCCCACAAGCGCCUGCAGGAGCUUUCGUGGAAGGUGUCUCAGCAGAUGUACCAGUCUAACCAGCAGUCUGGCGACAAAGGAAGCUCUGAGGGCGAUGCCGGCUCGGAGAACAAGAGCUGA